AUGGCGAAGAGGAAGGAGCGGAUUCAGAACCCGGAACCGUUCGAUCCGUACGGCGCCGACCCCGCGAAGACGAAUAAGCGUUCCAAAGCGCCGAAGCGGCAUCAGCAGGAUGAGAAGUUCGUCGCUGCCAACCUCAGCUCCAAGAUCAUGAAGGAGGCUCUGCUCCAGCAAAAGGAGGAAGAUGAGGUGGAGCACGACAACGCGGCAACUUUAUUCCAAGAGAUUCCUUAUGCGGAGGAUGACGGCGACAUCGACGCCUUUGCCGGCUUCUCCGAAAUUCAGAGCCAAGCCGCCGGCUAUGAAGAGGAAAUUAAUGAAGAGGAUGAGAGACUAGUGGAAGCAUUCUUUUCGAAAGAGCCUGGUCAGCAGAAAACACUUGCAGACCUCAUUGUCCAAAGAAUAAAAGAAAAGGAUGCUUCUGUCGCUUCAGAAAUGCGACCUGUGCCAAAAUUGGAUAAAUCCAUAAUUGACAUAUACAAGGGGGUUGGGACUCAUCUCAAAAGAUAUACGAUAGGAAAAAUACCCAAGGCAUUCAAACAUAUACCCUCUAUGCAACAUUGGGAGGAGGUCCUGUAUAUAACUGAACCUGAGAAUUGGUCUCCAAAUGCUCUUUAUCAAGCCACUAGGAUUUUUGCUUCUAAUUUUGGUGCAAAAAAGGCAGAACGCUUCUACAAGCUUGUGUUACUUCCAAGAGUGAGAGAAGAUAUAAGGAAGAACAAGCGGCUGCAUUUUGCUUUAUACCAAACUCUGAAAAAGGCAUUGUACAAACCUGCUGCAUUCUUUAAGGGAAUACUGUUUCCGCUAUGUGAGUCAUGUACAUGCACUCUCAGGGAAGCAGUCAUAGUUGGAAGCAUUAUAGAAAAGGUUUCUAUUCCUCCACUUCAUUCAAGUGUUGCUCUAUUGAAGCUUUCUGGAAUGGAAUAUUGUGGCACCACAAGCUAUUUCAUAAAGCUUAUUCUGGAGAAAAAAUAUGCUUUGCCGUAUCGUGUGGUUGAUGCAGUUGUUGCUCAUUUUAUGAGAUUUCUCAAUGAAACUAGGAUCAUGCCUGUCAUAUGGCACCAGUCAUUUCUUGCUUUUGUGCAGAGGUACAAGAAUGAGCUGCAAAAGGAUGAUAAGGAUAGAUUAAGGAAUCUAUUGGAAAAGCAAAGGCAUAAUUUUGUUACACCUGAAAUUAGUAGAGAGCUAGAUCACAGCCGCCACCGAGGUGAAAAAGAUGAAGAUCUUAUGUCAAUUGAUAUCCUUUACAUUUUCCACCUUCUUACCCUACUUAUCUUUCUUACGAUUGAUGGAUAUGACAUGGUAUCUAUAGUCUACCUCAUGUUGUAUGAUCUAGUAUUUGUGAUAAACAAGACUAUUGAAGAGGAUAGGUUUGACAUUCCAGAUGUACCAAUGGAGGAGGAUUAA